AUGGAGAAUUUUAAACUUGAGUAAAUCGAAGAUUAUAUGUAUCAAUCGCUAUAGAAUUUUAGAUCAGUUAUAGAAAUCAAGAGAGAAGAUUCUAAAAAAAAGGGUUAACUAAAAUAAACUUAAUAAUAUAUAGAAAAGAUUGAUGAUUUGAAUUCUAUUUCUAUAAUCUAUAAAUCAAUUAAAUAAGCUGAAUAAUACGAUGCAGAAGUAUAAUUCUAAAAUAUUUAGUUAUAAAUGAUAGAGUUUUAAUAAAAACUAUAACUAGAAGAAUUUGAUGAGGCUUGGGAGGACCUCUACAAAAUUGAAUAAGAUAGAAUCAAAGAAGCAGAAAAUACCAUCUAUUCACUCCAUUUGUAUGUUAUAUUAUAAUCAUAGCAAGGAAAUGGAAUAAUUAUAAAAAUAAUUACAAGAGUAAUCUAUUCCAAAAAUUAAAUUUUCUUCAGAUAUUAUAUAAAAAUAAGCUUUAUAUAAUUAGUUAUUCAGAGCUGGGCAGUAUAAAUUAAAUAUAUAUAGUUAUGCUGACGCAGAUCUAGUUUAGAAAAAAUUGUAGGAAUAGAUGGAUUUAGAAAAUUAGAAAUGGGAAAAAUAACAUGUUGAAAAAAUAGAAAAUAAAUUGAAUUAAUUAACGAAAAAAUAAAUUAAUGAAUUACAAGUCCUUAAAUAAAAACUAAAUAGCUAAAUCUAAUAAUUCAUAAUAAAUAGAGAUAAUUAAAAGCAAUUACUUAUAAACAAAUUGUAGAUAAUUAAAGUUGAAAAAGAAUAAAAAAUAAAUUAAGAUAUUAGCAAGAUGAAUCAAUAAGUUAACAAAUUAUUAUAAAAAAUGUAGCUACAACAAUGA